AGGAUCUGACAUUCAGACCAGCGGCUUCAGCAUCUCCACAUGUCGCAACAUGGUCAACCUGCUGGACAAAGACGGCAGCGGUAAACUGGGACUGGUGGAGUUUAAAGUGCUGUGGACCAAAAUCGAGAACUACCUGAAUAUUUACCGUGAGAAGGAUGUGGAUAAUUCAGGGACGAUGAGCUCCACAGAGAUGAGGACAGCUGUGGAGGAAGCUGGGUUCAGUCUGAACAACCCGCUCCAUCAGGUCCUGGUGGCUCGUUACAGCGAACCAGAUCUCACCAUCGACUUCGACAACUUUGUGAGCUGUUUGGUUAGACUGGAGACGAUGUUCAACAUGUUCUACACUCUGGACAAAGACAACUCAGGAACCAUUGAGCUGAGCGUUCUGGAGUGGCUGAAUGUGUCUCUGCUCUGAAGAACCAGGACCAUCCUGGUUCUGAUCCUGCCUCUGAUCCCAAUCCCAGUUCUGAUUGUGAUUAAUAAUCAAUUUAUAACCUGUAAUAACAGAUUAUUAACAGAUGUUUAAUGUUUGUUGUAACUGUAAACUUUGUUAUUAACUGUUUAUUAUAUGUUUAUAAUAUAGAUAAUACUGGGGUUAGCAAAGAUUUAAUUCUUCUUCUGUUUGUCACACCUGAAGCCUUAUUAAUGAACAGCCUUAUUGAUAAUCAGCCUUAUUGCAGAAAUAUUAUUAAUGAUUCACUAAUAAAGAGAAUAAAUCAGA